AUGGCCGCGGCCAUAGGCGAUUCUCUGGGAGCUUUAAGCUUGAAAGAAAUGGGGGCUGCCAAGAAUCCCUUCGAUUUCUACCGGCAAUACGUUGCUGAGCUCCUUGCCCCGAUUGUCGAACGCAAGGAAGCUGAGCUUCUUCCCCUGAUCCAAUGGACCGCUACUCUCGACAAGGGUGACUUGACGUUACCAGUCCCCGCCUUGCGUGUCAAGGGCAAGAAGCCUCAAGAUCUCUCCGAAGAGAUUGUUUCCAAAUUCCCAACCAGCGAUGACACAUUAGUCACUGCCGUCCAGUCAGGCCCGUCGGUUCAAUUCUUUUUCAAGCCCCAGCGAUUAAUAAAUACGGUGAUUUCAGAGAUUCUCAAGUCGACAAAAGCGUAUGGAACGAACCCAACAUCCGGCCUGAAAGACCCGGCUGCUGGACUGACAGAGGACAACAAGAAGAAAAUCAUUGUUGAGUUCUCUUCGCCCAACAUUGCAAAGGAAUUUCAUGCUGGUCAUCUUCGAAGUACAAUUAUUGGGGGGUUUGUUGCAAAGUUGUAUCAAUCGAUGGGAUGGGAAGUCAUCAAGAUGAAUUACUUAGGCGAUUGGGGUAAACAGUACGGUCUAUUGGCCAAUGGAUUUAAACAAUUCGGCAGUCAAGAGGAGUUGGCCAAGAACUCGAUUGCUCACUUGUUUUAUGUCUAUGUGGAGAUCAACAAAAUCAAGACAGAGCAAGAUAUCCCGAUUAACGACCUCAAGAAAGAGAUCAAAGAGAAGAAGGCGGCAGGUGCAGAUGUAUCAGAACUAGAAGCGAAAUUGGCACCGCUUGUUGAGGAGAGUGAGGAUGAAAAGGCACGAAAGUACUUCAAAAGCAUGGAGGACGGCGAUCCAGAGGCACUUGCACUCUGGAAUCAAUUCCGUGACCUCAGCAUCAAAAAGUACCAGAAGACAUAUGCACGGUUGAACAUUGAUUUCGACGUGUACUCGGGAGAAUCUCAAGUCAAGGCCGAGACGAUGAAGACGGUUCUUGAGAAUUUGAAGGCUCAGAAAAUCGCCGAAGAAUCCGACGGCGCGAUUGUGAUCGAUUUCGGCAAGCACGGUGCCAAGAAGCUCAACAAAGCAGUCAUCAUCCGUCGAGAUGGAACCCCCCUCUACCUGACUCGAGAUCUGGCAGCAAUCUUGGAGCGUCAUGACACGUAUCACUUUGACAAGAUGAUCUACGUUAUCGCGGAUCAACAGAAUGAACACGUUGCGCAGCUGUUCAAGACUACCGAGAUCAGCGGCCACAAAGAGGUGGCGCAAAAAUGCGAGCACAUUUCUUUUGGCAUGGUCAAAGGCAUGAGUACGCGAAAAGGCACGGUCAAGUUUCUGGACGACGUAAUCCAAUCGGUCAAGGACGUGAUGUUGGACGUGAUGCGGAAGAACGAGAAGAAGUACGCACAGCUGGACGACCCGGAGGCCGUCGCCGAUAUUCUGGCCAUCACGGCGAUCAUGGUGCAAGACUUGAGUGGCAAAGUGCGAAAUGGGUAUGAAUUCAACAUCAACCAGAUGACGGCAUUCGAGGGCGACACGGGACCAUACUUGCAGUAUGCGCAUGCCCGACUAUGCUCGAUCGAACGCAAGGCCAAUGCAGACAUCGGCUCGCUGAGCUCGGCGGACCUGUCGCUGCUCACGGAAACCCACGCGAUCAACCUGGUCCGGUCACUGGCGCAAUACCCAGAUGUGAUCCUGAAUACGCUGAAGACUCGCGAGCCGGCAACGGUGCUGACCUAUCUGUUCAAGAUGGCACACGCACUAAGUUCCAGCUACGACCAUUUGCAGGUGGUGGGCAGUGAACCUGAGCUGCAGAAGGCGCGGUUGGCGCUGUACGAGGCUGCCCGACAAGUGUUGUGGAAUGGCAUGACGCUGCUCGGGUUAACCCCGGUGCAACGGAUGUAG